UCCUCUCGAGUUCCCAAAUUCGAGUCACCCCCGAGCAUAGGCGAGCAUAAGCAUAAACAUAAACAUUGCUGUGUCAGUGUGUGAGUGAAAGCGAAUAACCCCUCAAACAAGCGCGAAAGCAACUACGAUGGCCGAUUCCGCAGCGACCGAAGUCCCGGCUGCAGCAGCUGCUGCUGCCCCAGCCACCACGGCCAAGUCACCGAAGAAGCCAAAGGCGGCCGCCGGCCCCAAGAAGCCCAAGCAGCCAGCGGCACAUCCUCCGAUCAACGAGAUGAUGCUGGCCGCCGUCAAGGCACUCAACGAACGCAACGGUUCCUCGCUGCAGGCGAUCAAGAAGUACGUGGCGGCCAACUACAAGGCUGACGUGACCAAGCUGGCCACUUUCUUCAAGAAGGCCCUCAAGACUGCCGUCGCCAACGGCAAGCUGGUCCAGACCAAGGGAACCGGUGCGUCGGGCUCGUUCAAGCUCUCGGCCGCAGCCAAGAAGCCAGCGGUAGAGAAGAAGAAGAAGGCAGCGGCCCCCAAGAAGGCGGCCUCUGCCGCGGACAAGAAGAAGAAGACCGCAGCCAAGAAGCCUGCCGGAGAGAAGAAGGCCGCCGCCAAGAAGACCACCAAGAAGGCUGACGGUGCCGCCGCCAAGAAACCGAAGGCCGCCGCAGCUAAGAAACCCAAGGCCGCCGACGGAGCGAAGAAAGCCGCCAAGAAACCGGCAGCCCCGAAGCAGAAAUCCUCCAAGCCAUCCAAGGCCGCGGCUGCCAAGCCGAAAGCACCGAAACCAAAGAAGGCAGCAGCUCCCGCCAAGAAGGCCGCCGCUCCCAAGAAGGCUGCCGCACCCAAGAAAGCCGCUGCCCCCAAAAAGGCAGCUGCAGCCAAGAAGUAAACCACCUACUACACGUUAUACUGCAUGCUUCUACGACAGCAUUGCAAUAACGCUCUCUUGGUUCCAAGCAACAGUCCUUUUCAGGACUACAAAUCGAAUCAUUCAAGAACUUCAUCAUUUCAUUCGAACACCUUCACGCAAUAGCAAUUACAUAGAUCGGCGGAUUACUCCUGCUCGCUCGCAUACUGAAUGGCUUGUUCAGCUGACAUGCCAUCAAGUUUGUUGUCGUUUCUCUUUCUCUCGUUUUAGAUUACAUUUUGGUACGCACAACAGGAAUUCAUCCCAACGGCCAAGCCUUAAGGCCAGCUCGCA